AUGGGUGUUCAGCACGACGGCGCUGAACUGCGCCAGCGCAAAGCCAACGGUGACACGCAAAAACUUGUCAUUACGGACGAGGGGAAGAAAAAGGACCAGCUUUUGGACCAACAUACUACAUAUGAGUUUGGUGGACCAUGGGGCGUCGUGGCAAUCAUGACUGGCUUCCCAGUGCUCAUGUACUAUCUCUGGAUUUGCUUGUGGUUCUACGACGGCAAGCUCGUGCACCCUACUUCUGUUGAAGAUUUCAAGCCGUUCCUCCUGAGGAUGUGGGAUCAUGUUCGCGUUGAUGCUUAUCCAAAUGCCUACGCUUGGAAGGUCUACUCGGGGAAUAUCUUCUUCCAGCUAUUCCUUGCCUGGAUCAUGCCUGGAUACAAGCAAGAAGGCUUACCGGUGCCCUCCCUCGGCUACAAGACGCUCAUGUAUAACUGCAACGCCCUCACCUCCAUGUAUGUUACCUACAUCACCGCCGCCGUCCUCCACUACACUGGUACAUUCCGCCUCACGGAGAUUAUUGACAACUACGGGCACAUUAUGUCGGUCGCCAUGAUCUGGGGCUUUGGCGUCUCGUUCGGAAUGUACUUCUUCGCCAUCGCUACGGGUACGCAGAUGAGAAUGUCGGGCAAUUUCUUCUACGAUGUGUUCAUGGGUGCUUCGUUGAACCCGCGCAUUGGCUCCGUCGAUCUGAAGAUGUGGGCUGAGGUCCGUAUUCCUUGGGUCAUCGUGUUCUUCCUCGCCGUCUCCGGUGGCUGCCAGCAAUACGAGAAAUACGGAUACGUCACACCCAAUAUGGCGUUCAUGAUUCUCGCAACGUGGUUCUACUUGAAUGCCUGUUGUAAAGGUGAAGAAUGUAUUCCCCAGACUUGGGAUAUGUAUCAUGAGAAGUGGGGGUUCAUGGUUAUCUUCUGGAACCUGGCGGGUGUACCCUUCACUUACGUCUACUCGGUUGUCUACAUGGCGUCUCAUGAUCCCUCCAAGUACCAAUUCUCCACUCCUACCUACGUCCUCAUCUACUCUACGCUACUCACGGCGUACUAUAUCUGGGAUACCGCAAUGGCUCAGAAGAGUCACUUCAAAAUGCAGACUCAGGGUAUCCACGAAUUCCGCAAAACCUUCCCCCAACUCCCCGGCUGCGUCGUCGAGAAUCCAACAUACAUUCAGACCGAACACGGCAACCGCCUGCUUACUAGCGGGUGGUGGGCGUAUUCCCGCAAGCCUAACUACGUCGCGGACUGGACUAUGAGCUUUACUUGGGGCGCCAUCAUCGGCACAGCUACUCCAAUCCCCUACUUCUACUCAGUGUUCUUCAUCACCGUUCUCAUCCAUAGAUGUAGCCGUGACUUUGAGCGAUGCUCUAUCAAGUAUGGCAAGGACUGGGAGCGUUAUUGCGAGGUUGUCAAGUACAAAUUCAUACCUUACAUCUACUAA